AUGCAAGACGCCUGGACUGCCCGCAAAUCUGAGGAGAUCCUGGGGUACGCGGACUGCAACGAAUGGAAGAACAUCUUCUCCGCGAUCAAAGCUGUCUACGGUCCGCAGUCGAAAGGCACUGAUCCUCUCCUCAGCGCCGACGCUAGUACCCUCCUGACUGAGAAGACAAAUCCUACAACGAGGGGCCGAGCACUUCAGAGACGUCCUCAACCUUCCCUCCACAAUCUCCGACGCCGCCAUCGCCCGUCUGCCUCAAGUGGAGACCAACGUUGA